CAUAUGGCUACUAAAGGACGACCUAGCUUCCUUCAUAUUCUGUGGUGGACGGAUCUAGCAUCUAGUUGACAGCAACUACUAUCGCGUCAUUUUGGCGCUUCCGCUUCUUUGGCCGGUUCGCUACGUCAUUAUAUAAAUAACUGUCCCUAGAUCACAGGUUUAUCAUAUGGCCAUCUAACUUGUCUGAAAUGAUAUAUGUUGCUCCAGAAGCAUUUUACCUUCACUCGACUUAAAUGGCAUCGAAUUAACGCAACAUUUUCAUCAGUGGAGCUCCAGCCAACGUCGACCAUGCCACCCAUAGGAUGCCAUCUAUUAUACCUACAUUUCAAUAACUCUCAAAACGAAUACUAGCUACGAUGUCAUCAAGCAAAGUUUCAAAUAAGACCCGCCUUCAGAGGUUGAGAGCUUCUUGUGAUGGAUGCUUCUUCGCAAAGGUCAAAUGCAGUAAAACUAGGCCGAUAUGUUCUCGCUGCCUCACAUGCGGAACAGAUUGUAAAUACAGUCCAUCGUUGAGGAUCGGCAAACCAAGUACAGAUAGGAGAAUCAGCAACUCCAACAUCAAUGUCAGUGCUGCCGACCGAGAUACGAACGUCGACGAGGCCUCGCAUUCCCGCUUUGCGUUUGACUCUCAAGCUAUGCCCAUAGCUACUGAUAAAAAGAAUAUUUCAUUGGGGUCAGCGUAUGGAAAUAGACAGCAAUUAUCUUCGGCAAACACAACUGCAUCCCAUCGCAACGACGCUUUGCUUGAUGCUUACGAUUUGGGUCUGCCUCCUAGCACUGCCGAGUUGUUUGACCACUCGCUCCCUUGGACGCCAAUACCGCACAUCGAGCUUGACAAUCCUGUAGUCCAAAACGAUCAAGGGACGAUGAUGUCGUGGCCGAAAUAUUUAGGGGCUGUACCACAGCUGAAUUUAAUCUCGCCAUGGUCCGAUAGUCAGCCGUCAAAUUUACCAUUCUAUCCCCGCACGAAUGCAGAACUUCCAUCGCCAAAUUCAUCGCUCGAUUUCAACUCUCCACCUGAUUGCCGAACCAAUGCUAAGAUAUCCUCGCCAUCCUGCAACUGCUUUACGACCUGCCUUCAAUCUCUUCAAGCUCUUCACAAUCACUCCAGCACCACUCGAUUAGCAUCAGCGUUUGAUAUGGCCUUGACCAUCAAUCGAAAAGCUGUAGAAGGAUGUGCCAGUAUGUUGGCUUGCAGAGAAUGUGUUUCCAAAUCGGGAUCCAAUACCACUACCAUGCUCCUUGCCACCAUAAUGGAGAAAAUAUUGUCAUUUUACCAGGUAGCGUUGCAGAGUGACUUCAGUGAUACGACUAGAGCAGACACACAAAUGCCUAUCGGCAGUUAUCGCGUUGCUAACGAAGAUGGUCGUUGGCUCAGGAAUGAAAUUUUAUGGCGCGAACUCUGGAAACUGGAACAACUCUUUGGGCGUUUCCGCGAAGUUUGCGGACGCAAUGAAAGGGACAGGGAUGCUGGCAUUUGUUCUACUUUGUUGGGCCACCUAUCAAAAAGCCUUAAGAUCGCAUAUGAAGAACUGAGAAUGGGCAAAGCAGCGUAUGACGCCUGGAAUAGCCGAUUCAAUGUUCUGGCCGACGGAAGGAUGUUAAAUAUGUGCGACAAUGUAUGCUUAUGACGCGCGUGUCAUAAGCAUACAGAGGACGGGAUCAUCAGAGUUCAAUUGCGAUUGGUUUCGAAAAGUUAUCAAUCUUUUUAGGGUUUAAUGGUCUUAUAUAUCGGUUUAACAUAUUCAAAAUAUGGAAAACUGUUUCCUCUCAAAUGUGAGCCCACUUCAAUUGAAUGGAAGAGUCACUUGGACUUGAACUAUAUCGUUACUAUUUCUCUAUGAAGUCUCGUCGGGAUACCUUCAUGGCAUGAAUCUAGCUAGAGCAUAAACCUAAAAAAGUACACUUACAACAUUGCCAUUUCAGAACUGAAACGAGUUGAAUGUUUAGAUAAGGUAUGGCAGUGAGAACAGCUUAAUUCUUUUAUUCACUUCCAAAUCACGCACUCCAAUUACUCCAACCCAAAGCGAAAAUGUUAGUCAGGACGAUUAUGGAGUUGGGCAAAACAUCUCAACAAAAUCUUGACCGAGGCAAAUCCGUCACUUAAUGUCAUUAGAGCUGAGCACGAGUCGCGAACUUCAAUUAUGC